ACGACGCCACUAUAGAGAUUGUUCGGUGCCGUAGUAAGGUAGUGACCGAUGCUGUGGGAUUCAGGUGUGCCUCACGGCUCACGGUACAAACGCUCUCAGUUUAGCGGCGGUAGCCCACGCGAAUCGCCAGUGCUUUCUUUGACAGUGUAUCGUUUGCCUGGAAACGAUGACGAAAACCAGACAGUCCGCAACGGUUUCCGUCGUGGUGCGCAACGCCGGAUCACCACCGAUCGUUGCAAGGGAAACCAACGGCCGAAGAAGCCCCUGACAACGAGAAUUAACGCCCAGGCAAUUGUAAACAGAGCUAUACUCGUGGUUCCACACGACCUUGUCUGGUACGACCAGCAUCGGUACUUACAUAAAUAUGUAACACUACGAGCCCAACUUCUCGAUCUGGAGGAAUACCGGAACUUUACCGAAAAGCCGACGAAGGUAUCGUCUUAUCCUCGUUAGAAAAAAGCGCGUUAAAGGAUCAACGCGUAUCCUGAGUUACAAGCCAUGUUACACUUUACUAUGUACUAGUUAAGUAUCAACGAACAAAUUAUAAGGGAACAUUGGGAACAAAAAUUAAGAUUAUACUGUAAAAUAUUUGGUCUGUUUUGUUAAAAGAAACAUUUAUCGCAAAAAAUACAAUAUGUUUAUAAUAAUCAAAAUAAUUUCUAAUAAACAGCAAAUAAUUAUAUUUCUAGUAUAAUUAAAAGUAGAAUAUACACACAGAGUUUCUUAUCUCAGAGUAUCUGCUACAAAGCUAUAUCUCGAUAAUGAUUAAUAAUGUGAAAAAAACGUAUUAUAGGCUAAUUCGUUUUAUCAAUGUUGUUGUACCUUUCAAGAUUUCAUAUAUUUCUUUUUUUUACGGAACCUUAUAUCUUUUGUUUGAUAUCCUUUCAGAGCAUGAAGGAACAAAUUCAUCGAUCUUAUUAUAAACCAUAUUUCAAUUCACAUAUUUUGAAUGUACCAGAAUUGUUUUCGUACAACUCGUUUGUUGUGGAAAAAUAAUGCGUCAAGUAAAAAAUAAAUACUAGUCGGCGAUCGUAUUGUAAACAUGGUAAUAUGAUUCGGAGGUUAUGCUAUUGGCUAUUUACACAUGUGACGAAACGAAUAGAGAUAAAAAAGAAGGUUCACCCAUCUACUCGAAAUCAUUUUACCUUUCCUUCAAUAAAAACUUACGUUAUACUAUACACUAUUAUGCUAUAACCAAAUAUAGUAACGAGGGGAAAGUAAAAUUAUUUCCAAUAAGUGGCUGAACCUUUCGUUUUAAUCAUUAUUUAUUUCGUCACAUAUAUAAUAGCCAAUAGCACAACCUCUGAGUCAUACUAUCAUACCACCUGCGGCUCAUUAGCGGCUAAGAGUAAUUCGUUCAUUACCUUCGUGAAAUAUUUAUUUAGGGCCGUCAUUUGUCGAUACACUUUAUGGUGAAACAAUUAAAUGGACUAACUCGAUUUUAAUAAAUUAAUUAUUUCCACUAAACAAUCGAUGUCCCAGUCACAAAUAGAUUACAAAUAAGUCUUUUGCCAUAUUAAUUCAAUUUAUUAAGUACAUAAAUAGGAUAUAAAUUUUUCUCUGGAUC